GCAACAAGUCCAUUGGAAUUCCAAGAUGAUUAUUUUGCCACUAAUCUUUCAAGCGAUGACGUCGUGGACAGUUCUGCAGACGAGGCCAGGUUCAUUGAUCCCCAUCAGCAACAAGCUUUACGAAAAACAACGUCGAUCAUAAGUUUGGGAAAUCAGGCUAAUGGAAAUACGGGGAUUAUGUUUAAGGAGUUGAGAACAGUACCGAUGAACAGUAUAAGCCUAGAAAACGUGAGUUUGAAUCGCAUGAACGGAGCAGAGAACAGCACUAAUGACGAUGUUUUGAGUGUGAACCAGGCCGACGACACCGCAUCUACAAUACUAUCGCCUAUUAUAACCGCUGCUAAUAUUACUGAUGAUGUCGAGAAUGAACCAACUGCAAAUAGUGACUUCAAAGAAACCGGUUUUCCGUUUGUGCUCAAUGAAUGUCUAGAAUAUUCCGAUGAUUCGGACAACAUAAGCAAGUUUUUUGGCAAUAGACAACAUUUCUUUAUGUUAUCCUCAGCAGGUAAGCCAAUUUACUGCAUGCAUGGUUCGUAUGAUAUUUUUGUUGUGUAUUCAGGAGUUAUUCAAACCAUUGUGUCAUUUUACAAAUAUUCCAGUAAUGGUUCCAAGUCAGUGAAAAUUAUUGAAUGCAAGGAUAAAAAGACUGGACAGCCAAUUAAGUUUGUUUUCUUGGAUAAGUCUCCAAUUAUCUUGAUGACUAUAGUUCGAUCCAAUCAGUCGACAUAUAUUGAACUUGAACAACAACUAGAUUUCAUUUACAGUUUCAUCCUUUCAGCAUUAUCAAAACCCUACAUCGACAAGCUUUUUGGUAAAUACGCAAAUUUCGAUUUAAGAAAUCUACUCGGGAAAACCGACGUUUUAACAUUGGACUCCAUUUGUGAGGGUUUUGCUAACAAUUUAAACGUUUCACAAGUGCUGGGCGGGUUGCAGUGUCUGCGUAUGCAUCUCUCUAUAAGAAGCAGGUUAGAAAGAAAGCUAAUGAAUUUUAGGUCUGAAAAUUUAUUGUAUGGAUUAAUAGUCGGACCAAAUGAAAAGUUGAUAAGCAUUAUGAGGCCAAAAAGGCAUACUUUGCACACAUCAGAUUUGAUGAUUUUAUUCGAGAUGAUAUUCAAUACCAACACAUUCAAAACCAAGAGUGAUGACAAAGGCCAACUAAAAUUUAUCACUUCGGAAACGUUUUGGGUGCCGAUUUGUCUUCCUAAAUUUAACUCUAGUGGCCAUUUAUACAAUCUAAUACAAUUUCAUCAGUUGAAAGAUGAAAGGCUAUUCAAAUUGCAUGAUAUCAAAGACACAGAUGACCUACAUCUUGACGAAGACAGUACGAAGAUAGGUAUUAUAUUGAUGUCUCCAUAUAAAGACACAUUCAAUGAGAUGAGAAAGAUAUCGAAUGAGAUUGCUAAAACCAUUCUUUUUGAUCAUAAAAUAUACAGGAAUAUAUGGAGCAGUUUAGUCGGAAACGGAAGAAUUGUGGUCGAUAAGAUAAUAGGCGACAAGGGAAACGAAUUUAAAGAAAACGUGCAAGGUAGCACAGCCUUUUCAUCUUUGAUCAACAAGCUUUCACUAAAUUCCCCAAAGCAGAAAAAUCUUUCCGACGGCACUGAACCCUGGAGUGGUAUAUUACAUUUUGCCGUGAGGUCCAAAAGAUCAGUACAAUGUAUUUUCCCAGAAUCAGUUUAUUUUGAUAUAAAUGAUGAAAAGGUCAGACGAAAUUUACUUAAUGUUUACAAAUAUUUACGUCACCGAUUACACGUUGUUUGGACUGAUACUGCAUGUUUGGAUUUUAGUGAGGGUAGUGAGAAGAUAGUACUCGAUGGAGGAGAAGCCGCUGGAGGAUCGAACACGGUUAUUUAUGAAGACUGGUAUGACGAAAUAAAUGAAGAGAAGAUUCUUGGUUUUGGGUGUAAGUUUGGUACAUAUGAGGUCUUUAUCAUAGGAAAAGGUACAGUCACCGAAAGCGAUAUGCUGGCGUAUGGAUUGAAAGUGGUUAAAUGGGUCAGAAAACAAGAUAGUCGGAUAUUUAUAAGCACGGGUUGUAUAUUUUGAAUAAAGUACCAUAAUUUCUAUAAAAAAUUCAAAUCUAUAAAUCAGUAAUUGGAGUAAGCAAAAAAU